CUACUAUGUAUAAAAGAUUACAUGUUAGUACUGGACGGUGUGUAGUUUCAGUCCAUAUCCAUUACGAUGAAGUUCUGCAUUGCUCUAGUGGCGUUCUGUUUUGCCGUGAUAGGCACGGUCAAUGUGAAGGCGAAUCAGGAUGAAGACGUGGAGCAGGCAAAGGAAGUGAUCCGUGGUUUGGCAGCGGAGUGUAAAACCAAAGAAGGUGCAACGGACGACGAUGUGGAAGGGUUCGUAAACGAUAAGAUACCCGAUACGCGCACACAGAAAUGCUUGACCGCUUGCAUGCAGGAACAGUUCGGUAUCUCGAAUGGGAAUGCGUUCCAGGAGGAUGGAUUCAUCGAAAUCGCAAAGAUGCUCAUGAAGGGCGAUGAGAGUAAGGUCGAAAUUGCGAAACAGAUCGCUGCCGACUGUAAGGAUGUAACGAACGAUGAUCGGUGCGAGUUGGCGUUGGACAUUAUGACCUGUUUGAAAGAUUCGGCCGAAAAGCAUGGCAUUGAGCUUAAGCAUUAAGAAAUAGUAUUCUCGUCAAAUCACACCAAAAACUAAUAAACAACGAAAAACGAUAGGGACGGCAACUGAUGGACGAAUGUUAGUUUAGGAGCGCCAGCUACUUUCGGAAUGGAAACUGCAUGAGUUUGAUGUCAUUCAAGCGUUCCUGUAUUAAAAUAAAAACGAUUCUUAUAAACACAAA